CGUCCACAGUCUUACUUCACCACAACACACAACUGUGGAGAUUCCUCGAACCUCGAGAGGUUCUAGUUAAAGUGUCCCGGGCCGUGUCUUGACAGUCGUGUCGAAAUGCAUUGUGUAUUCGGCUUGUUGCAAUUGUUCUGCGUCGUCGGUGCAUUGCUCGUCAUCGUGCCCGUGCACCAGGCCGCUCCUCUGGAGCCGGUCACCGACGUUCUGGACAACCACUGUGAAUGUCACGAUCGGGGGAAAGCCAUCGACUGUUCGGAUUUGAUCCAGGACGGAGCCGACACUUCGUAUUUGCGAAUUCAGAUUGUGUGUCACAAUUUGAGGUCUGCAGAGCCUCUCCGGGCUCUGUACGGGCGCCUACGUUCGGCUGCACCCAACUCUCCGAUCGUUGUGACGAUCAACGGCUUGGCGAUGAAGGCCUUACCGGCUCGUUUCUUCGAUGGCAUUUCCACUCAUAUCAUGCACUUGAACACCUCGAACGUGUCGGAGUUCGACGACGACGUUUUCCGAGGUUUCGAGACCAAGGUGCUGGACAUGAAGACCAAUACACCGGUUGCCCCCCCGCUGGGUGCAAUCAAAGAGAUUCCGAAGCUGGGAUCCUUGAUGCUCCAUGGAUACAAGGUUGCAGUGGUUAAGAAGGGCUCGUUCUCCGACGAUCUGACGACGCUCGGACUGUCUUCGUGUGGCGUACAUCGCUUCGAGGAAGACGCGCUACCCCGGGGACUGGUGUUGCUCAACCUCAAUAGCAACCACGAUCUUCGCCCUGAAGGCCUCCAGAACGUGUUCAGGAAGCUGGCCAAGCUGCGAUCCUUAAUGCUAAAAGAGACGGCCGUGACGAUCUUCAACAAGGACCUCUUCAUGGGCUUGAAGAAUCUAAUCUCUCUGUUCUUGGUCGACUGCAAUAUCAAGCAGUUGGACGACGACGUGUUCUCGACCCUGCCCAAGCUCGAUCAGCUGUACCUGGGGAAAAAUGCGUUGAAAGAGUUCAGGUUCAUUUUGAGCACGAACGUAAGCAACCUCAACUUGGACGACAACAACCUCACGGCGCUCGACGAAGAGUUGUUCAAAGAGUUGGCCGGUCGCAGACUCCGUUCGUUGAACCUCAACGACAAUGGCUUCUCGGACGUUCCAACUGCACUUCAGCACCUCAGUCAGCUCGGUUCGCUGUCUCUGUCUGGAAAUCACAUCAGCAAGCUGAACUGGUCAGCGUUCGAUGGCAUGCGAAAGCUCCGCUCAUUGAAUCUCGAACACAACGAGCUGAUCUUGAUCGAAGGACAGCCCGAACUGCCUGAACUGUGGUCGCUCGAUCUGAUGGGCAACCUCCUCGAGAGUCUACACGGCUCUUUGAAGUCCCUUCAUCUGGGUUCUCUGAACCUGGCCGCAAAUCGAAUCGAGAAACUUCCGCUCGAGGAACUUCCAGUGACGCUCCGAAGCAUCAAACUCGAAGGAAAUCCCAUACACUGUGACAAUCAUUCUGAUGGCGAUUUCGACCGUGAACUGUUCGAGAAAAUCGCCAUCCUAGUCAAGUCGAACCACGGAGCACCCUACCGCGAUUGCGUUCGAUUCGCCUACUAG